AGCGACUGCCGGGGCUCGAGUACUGCGCAGGCGCAAAAACGCGGAUGAGCGCGGAGGGCAGGUAGUGCGCAGGCGCGUUACUGAGGCGAGCAUGAAUGGAGGAAAAUGGCGGAUCAUGUGCAGAGCUUAGCCCAGCUAGAGAUACUGUGUAAACAACUCUAUGAAACCACUGACACGUCCACCCGAUUACAGGCAGAAAAGGCCCUGGUUGAAUUCACCAAUAGCCCAGACUGCCUGAGCAAAUGCCAACUGCUCCUGGAGAGAGGAAGUUCAUCAUAUUCACAGUUGCUGGCGGCAACCUGCCUUACAAAGCUCGUCUCACGAACAAACAACCCUUUGCCUUUAGAACAACGUACUGACAUACGAAACUAUGUCUUGAAUUACCUGGCGACCAGACCGAAACUGGCAAACUUUGUAACACAAGCUCUCAUUCAGCUCUUUGCCCGAAUCACCAAACUGGGCUGGUUUGACUGCCAGAAGGAGGAGUAUGUAUUUAGGAAUGUCAUUGCUGAUGUGACAAGGUUUUUGCAGGACAGUGUUGAGCACUGUAUUAUAGGAGUAAUGAUUUUGUCCCAGUUAACCAAUGAAGUAAAUCAGGCUGACACAACGCAUCCACUGACAAAACAUAGGAAAAUAGCUUCAUCAUUUAGAGAUGCGUCACUCUUUGAUAUUUUCACACUUUCGUGCAACUUACUAAAACAGGCAUCAGGCAAAAGCUUAAAUCUGAAUGAUGAAAGCCAGCAUGGUCUUCUAAUGCAGCUUCUUAAACUGGCUCACAACUGCCUCAACUUUGACUUCAUUGGCACAUCAACAGAUGAGUCAUCAGACGACCUCUGUACUGUCCAGAUUCCAACCAGCUGGAGGUCAGCUUUCUUGGACUCAUCAACCCUGCAGCUGUUUUUCGACUUGUACCAUUCCAUCCCUCCAUCACUGUCUCCUCUGGUCUUAUCUUGUUUAGUACAGAUCGCUUCAGUCCGGAGAUCACUGUUUAACAAUGCAGAGCGGGCAAAGUUCCUGUCUCACUUAGUGGAUGGUGUGAAGAGGGUGCUGGAAAACCCACAGAGCUUAUCCGACCCGAACAAUUACCAUGAGUUCUGCAGGUUACUAGCUCGACUAAAGAGUAAUUAUCAACUGGGAGAGCUGGUGAAAGUGGAAAACUACCCUGAGGUCAUCCGCCUAGUGGCCAAUUUCACAGUGACUAGCCUUCAGCACUGGGAGUUUGCCCCAAACAGUGUACACUACCUGUUGAGCUUGUGGCAACGCCUGGCUGCCUCAGUUCCAUACGUCAAAGCCACUGAGCCACACAUGUUGGAGACGUAUACACCCGAGGUCACCAAAGCCUACGUCACAUCCAGGCUAGAAUCCAUUCACAUCAUUCUAAGGGACGGGUUGGAAGACCCACUAGAUGACACUGGACUUGUCCAGCAGCAGCUGGACCAGCUCUCAACUAUUGGCCGCUGUGAAUACGAGAAGACCUGUGCUCUGUUGGUCCAGCUCUUUGAUCAGUCAGCUCAAACCUACCAGGAAUUACUGCAGAGUGCAAAUGCUAGCGCUAUGGACGUCGCUGUACAGGAAGGUCGAUUGACGUGGCUGGUGUACAUCAUUGGGGCAGUGAUUGGGGGGCGAGUUUCCUUUGCUAGCACAGAUGAGCAGGAUUCAAUGGAUGGGGAGCUGGUCUGCAGAGUUCUGCAGCUGAUGAACUUGACUGAUUCUCGCCUGGCCCAGGCUGGCAAUGAGAAGUUGGAAUUGGCCAUGCUCAGCUUCUUUGAACAGUUCCGGAAGAUUUAUAUUGGAGAUCAGGUCCAAAAAUCAUCUAAGUUGUAUCGCAGGCUGUCUGAGGUCCUGGGACUGAACGACGAGACAAUGGUCUUGAGUGUUUUCAUUGGAAAAAUAAUCACCAACCUUAAAUACUGGGGAAGAUGUGAGCCAAUCACCUCAAAGACACUACAGCUCCUGAACGAUCUCUCCAUUGGUUAUAGCAGCGUGAGGAAGCUAGUAAAGCUCACCGCUGUUCAAUUCAUGCUGAACAAUCACACAAGCGAGCACUUCUCCUUCCUGGGCAUCAAUAAUCAGUCAAACUUGAGUGACAUGCGAUGUCGGACUACCUUCUACACCGCUCUUGGACGAUUGUUGAUGGUUGAUCUAGGCGAGGACGAAGAUCAGUUUGAGCAGUUCAUGCUUCCUUUAACUGCAGCAUUCGAAACAGUGGCACAAAUGUUUAACUCCACCACAUUUAAUGAACAAGAUGCAAAGCGAACUUUGGUUGGUCUGGUGAGAGAUCUAAGGGGAAUUGCUUUUGCCUUCAAUGCAAAGACCAGCUUUAUGAUGUUCUUCGACUGGAUUUAUCCUGCCUACAUGCCGAUACUGCAGCGUGCGGUGGAACUCUGGUACCAUGACCCGGCCUGCACUACGCCCAUCCUCAAGCUGAUGGCUGAGCUGGUCCACAACAGGUCUCAGCGGCUGCAGUUUGACGUAUCUUCCCCAAACGGCAUCCUGCUUUUUCGAGAGACCAGUAAAAUGAUUACAACCUAUGGUAACCGGAUCCUGACCCUGGGAGAGGUACCCAAGGACCAAGUUUAUGGGCUGAAGUUGAAAGGGAUUUCUAUAUGCUUCUCCAUGUUGAAGGCAGCUCUUAGUGGCAACUACGUGAAUUUUGGUGUCUUCCGUCUCUAUGGUGACGAUGCCCUCGACAACGCUUUGCAAACAUUUAUUAAGCUCCUGUUGUCGAUCCCCCACAGUGAUCUACUGGAUUAUCCCAAACUCAGUCAGUCUUACUAUUCCUUGUUAGAAGUUCUCACUCAAGACCACAUGAACUUUAUAGCCAGUUUGGAGCCCCACGUUAUCAUGUACAUUCUGUCCUCGAUUUCAGAAGGUCUCACUGCACUGGACACGAUGGUGUGCACGGGCUGUUGUUCAAGUCUGGACCACAUUGUAACGUACCUUUUCAAGCAGUUGUCCCGUAGCACGAAAAAGCGGACCACACCGAUAUCACAGGAGAGCGACCGUUUCCUGCACAUCAUGCAGCAGCAUCCUGAAAUGAUCCAACAGAUGUUGUCCACAGUUCUCAACAUCAUCAUUUUUGAAGACUGCAGGAAUCAGUGGUCCAUGUCUCGUCCUCUGCUUGGAUUAAUUCUCCUGAACGAGAAGUACUUUGCAGACUUGAGGAACAGCAUAGUAAACAGCCAGCCCCCAGAGAAGCAGCAGGCCAUGCACCUUUGCUUUGAAAACCUGAUGGAGGGUAUUGAACGCAACUUAUUGACUAAGAACAGGGACAGGUUCACACAGAAUCUCUCGGUGUUUCGAAGGGAAGUGAACGACUCAAUGAAGAAUUCAACGUAUGGUGUCAACAGCAAUGAAAUGAUGAGCUGACGUCCAUUCUGAUCCCUACCCAGUACUGGGGUGUAUUUCCAAUGCAAUGCAGGAGUUGAGGGGCAGAAGGUGGGGAGGGAGGGGUUGGGGGUUUAGAGGAAGGUCAAGAGUUCUCAUCCACCCACUGACCAUUGGACUUGUCACAACCCCAAACCCCCUACCCCCAGCCCAUGAUAUCCUGGCAGGGAGUGUCAUUGUGUCCCCGCCCCACAUCUGCCUUGUAUAAACUUGUACAUUUUUUCUUAAGACAUUUUGAACUGUUUAUAUGAAAUCAAUCAGUUAAAAAAUAGAGAAAGCUGAAGAGUUGUGAUUGAAAUUUUUUUGAAUCGGGAGGAGGAUGAUGUGAGUUGGAUGAGUGAAGUACUUGGGCUGUGUGUGUGUGUGUGUGUGUGUGUGUGGGGGUGGGUGUUCAGUUCGAUAUAAAGCUCUAUAACCUAACUCCAAACGGAGAAGAACACAACCCAGUAACUAGAGU